AUGAACUUCGCUCCUCGGCUCUCUGCCAGGGCGAUCCCGCGCGGGCUGAGGGCGAUAAGACAGCAGCACCAGCACCAUGGGCAGAACAUAGUGCGUUGUUGGACUAGCACCGCAGCUGGACGAGGAGCUGAAGUGUCGCCAGGCUUAUUGUGGAAGACAGGCCAGGUCGUCGGUGCUCUGGCUGUUGCUAUCGGUGCCGGGUAUGCACUCGGUGUUUAUAACUCCGGUUCUGCCUCUCUCGGCUUGUUGAGCUACAAACAUGACGUUUCACCUGUCUAUGGCUCGAUCAAGGACUUUGAACGGGCAAUAGUAGAAUUACGAGAAGUGCUAGGUGAAGACGCCAUUAGCACCGACGACGAGGACCUACGGCUACACGGAUACUCUGAAUGGUCAACAGUCAAUUGUGACCAGCUACCAGUUGCCGUGGCAUAUCCCAAAUCAACCGCCGAUGUCUCCAAGAUAGCUCAAGUAUGCUACAAGUUCAAGGUGCCUAUGGUUCCCUACUCCGGUGGGUCGAGUCUCGAGGGAAACUUUUCGGCUCCCUUCGGUGGCAUGAGCAUCGACUUCGCUCAUAUGGAUAAGAUAAUCAAACUACAUUCCGAUGAUCUUGACGUUGUGGUGCAGCCUUCGAUUCAAUGGAUGGAACUUAACGAACAGAUCAAACAUUCCGGUCUGUUCUUCCCCAUUGAUCCGGGCCCGUCAGCUAAGAUCGGAGCCGACGGUCGAGUGAUCAAGACGCGCAACCGGCCUCGGAAAAGCUCGGCAGGGUAUAACCUUGCCGGCAUAUUCGUUGGGUCAGAGGGCACGCUCGGGCUAGUCACUGAAGCCACGCUCAAGUUAGCCGUCAUUCCAGAGGAAACUCGAGUGGGAAUUGCUACGUUUCCAUCUAUAAGAGAUGCAGCCAACGUUGCCAUGGCGGUGAUACGUUCGGGCGUGCAGGUGCAGUGCGUCGAGAUACUGGAUGAUGUCCAUAUGGAUAUUAUCAACAGAGCUGGUGGGACAAACAGAACUUGGAAACCUGCGACGACUCUCUUCUUCAAGUUCUCCGGCACUCGCAAUGGGGUAGCUGACUCAAUUAGUCGGACGAAGUCAAUUGCAAGAGAGCAUAAUAGCACGUCGUUUGAGUUUGCAAGGACAGACCAGGAGGGCCAUGAGCUGUGGUCUGCCAGAAAGCAAACCCUCUGGAGCAUGCUGGCUCUUCGCAAAGAAGGCUCAGAUGACGUCUGGUCUACGGAUGUUGCUGUCCCAUUGUCUAGACUUCCUGAUAUCAUUGAGCUUUCGAAGAAAGACCUUGACGAACUAGACUUAUUUGCCGGUAUAGUCGGCCAUAUUGGAGACGGUAAUUUCCAUGAAGGUAUAGUAUACAACAGGAACAAUCCCGAGGAAGUAUCCAGAAUUGAAAAGUGCGUCCACGACAUGGUCGACAGAGCUUUGGAGAUGGAUGGAUCUUGCACUGGUGAGCAUGGCAUUGGCCUAGGGAAGAAGAAAUAUCUAGUUAAAGAGCUGGGCAUGGACACACUUAAUGUCAUGCGGAGCAUCAAGCGAUCUCUUGACCCGUUAUGGCUGCUGAAUCCUGGCAAGAUAUUCGAUGCAGUGCCUGGCGAGGAUGAAAGGAAAUCAAAGAAGUGA